AAAUGUCAUGAUGGUGGACUGGCCGUCAGUGAGGAAUUCUCAUAUCGAAUUCAAUUGCCGCCAUGUGUUUCAGUCGGGGAGAGGGAACACGUCUGAGAAUUUCUUACUAACAGCCAAUCUUUGUUUCAACGAAAAUGACAUGGAUGACAAUUUGAACUGUCUGACGUCCAACGAUGAUACUGGGAAUUUUGUUUUAGCAAUAGGCGGGAACGGUACUCUGUUUUCUCUUGCGUUGCGUUACAGGAGGAAGCAUGGUGGAGAGGUAUGACAAUAAAAUAAGAGAAAAAAAUGCUAGAGAAAAGAAAUAUAAAUAUAAUGGGAGAAAAAGGUAAGAGGGAGUCUAGAGAUUCAGAGCUAGUCGACGGAUGAAAAACUGAGGAUGGAUUUGUAGAAGUAAAGAGGCGGUGGCUUUAGGUUACAAAUGGAAGGAACUGAGGGAAGAAAAGAGAGAGAGAGAGAUUGAGAAAAAUGGGGAUCAUAGUUGCAGCAGUGGUAUGAGGUGGUCAUAGUAGCACAACCACUACUGCUGUUCUAAUAGAUGAAAUCAAUAACCCAGGGGGUGUUGGCGAAGAAAUUCCAACGAUGGGAGAUGAGGAGGAAGGGAAGAGAAAGAGAGAGAGAGAGAGAGAAUGAUUGAGAAAAAUGAGGACCAUAGUUGCAGCAGUGGUACGAGGUGGUCAUAGUAGCACAACCACUACUGCCGUUGAAUAGAUAAAAUCGAUAACCGAGGGGGUGUUGGCGAAGAAAUUCAAAUGAUGGGAGAUGAGGAGGAAGGAAAGAGAGAGAGAGAAUCAUAGGGAAAAUUAAAUAAGAGGAAAGGUUGGAGGGGGAGUGCACUGCCAUUCCACCAGACCACCACUAUGCGCCCUGAGGAAAUUGGGAUAACAAAAGAGGGCAAAGAGGUAUAAUAUGUAGAUAGAACUAUUUAAUUAAAAAUAGAUGGACAUUAAUUCUUAAAAGGGUAAAAUAAAUAUUUUAAAAAAUAUCAUCCUUUUAACAUUUUUCAUCUUGGUCAUCGAUGGAAGGAAGGUAUUUGUUGAAUUUUUAGAAAAACUAUUGGAGAGAUUUUUAUGAUUCAGAAACUUCAGGGAGGUUUUUGUAUUUUACCGAAGAAAAUAAUCACUCCCAAACGGUGGCUAGCUUGCUUAACAUUAUCCGUUUUCCAUUGGUGGAGGAGAGAAAUCGAUAAAAUCAAAAGAGAUUCAAAAAUCACAGAACCGAUUGCUCGUUAAUAUUUCCAGUUUCCCCGCUGCCAAGUUUCAAAAGUUUCCCGGGAAAACACUUACCGAAUUGGCCAUGGCGUCCGCUGCUUCGAUCUCUCAUGCGUCAUCGUUUCUGCAACUCUCGUCUUCCUUUCUUGGGGACUCCUUGUCGUCGCCUACUCUUUUCAUCGGUCCUCCACUGAAGAAUUUCUCACCUUCCACUCUCUCAGGAAAACAAAGGCACUUUGUGCAAAAGAAUCUUGUAAUCAUUUCGAAGAGGAUAUCAGGGUUGGAAGAGGCCAUGAGAAUUAAGAGAGAGCGUGAACUUCGAACAACAACACGUUUCAGGAGAAGGCCACCUUUAAGGCGUGGAAAGGUCUCACCACGUCUUCCUGUGCCAGAUCACAUUCCAAAGCCUCCUUAUUUGAAUACAACUUUGUUGCCUGAACUGUCCAGUGAACAUCAGAUUCAUGAUGCUGAGGGAAUUCCUCACAUGAAGGCUGCAUGUGAGCUUGCUGCUCGUGUCCUAGACUAUGCAGGGACACUCAUUAGGCCAUCAGUAACAACAGACGAAAUUGACAAAGCAGUGCACAAGAUGAUUAUUGAUGCCGGGGCUUACCCUUCACCUCUUGGCUAUGGAGGGUUUCCAAAAAGUGUAUGCACAUCAGUUAAUGAGUGCAUGUGUCAUGGAAUACCUGACUCACGCCAGCUACAGGAUGGCGACAUAAUAAACAUAGAUGUCACUGUCUUCUUGAAUGGUUAUCAUGGGGAUACCUCAAAGACAUUUCUUUGUGGCAAUGUUGAUGAUGCUACAAAACGCCUUGUGAAGGUAACUGAAGAGUGCUUGGAGAGGGCCAUAUCUGUGUGUAAAGAUGGUGCCAACUUUAUGAACAUUGGAAAGACGAUUAGUGAACAUGCUGAAAAUUUUGAAUAUAAUGUGGUAGAGCAGUUUGUUGGGCAUGGCAUAGGGACUAUAUUUCACUCUGAACCAAUCAUAUUACAUUACCGAAAUGAAAAACCUGGGUGCAUGGUUGAAGGUCAAACAUUUACCAUUGAGCCUAUUCUUACAGCUGGAAGCAUCGAGUAUAAAACAUGGAGUGAUAAUUGGACAACUCUCACUGCAGAUGGCAGUCCUGCUGCACAGUUUGAACAUACUAUUUUGAUUACCAGGACUGGUGCUGAAAUAUUGACAAAGUUCUGAUAUCAGAUAUGUCAACUUUAUUAGUAAUUUUUUUGAUGGUUCAUGUUCUUUUGUCAAAUUAUCAGUUCUUGAAUAAUUUUUUUACUACUUCAGGUCAUUUCUUCGGUCUUCCCCUUGUUCUUUUAGAGCUUGCACCAAUUUACUUCACUGGUGCAAACUGUCACCUUGUAAUUGGUGUUAAAGAUAUCAUGUGUAUAUUUUGUAGAGUACCUGCUUUCUCACAUUUGUGAUGACAAUAUAUUCCUUCGAGCCUUCCUGAUCUUUCAUC